AUGGGGAACAUGGAUGGAAAAACUGUUGAGGAACUAAGUGCUACAGAAAUUCACCGAUGGUAUAAAAAAUUUAUGACAGAGUGUCCAUCUGGUCAACUUACUCAACAUGAAUUUAAGCAAUUCUUCGGCCUCAAGAACCUCAGCCCGGCAUCUAACGAAUACAUUGAAGAAAUGUUUGACACGUUUGACUUUAACAAGGAUGGUUACAUGGAUUUCAUGGAGUAUGUGGCAGCUCUGAGCUUGGUCCUGAAGGGGAAAGUGGAGCAGAAGCUGAGGUGGUACUUUAAGUUAUAUGAUGUCGAUGGAAAUGGCUGUAUUGACAGAGGAGAGCUUCUCAAUAUAAUUAAG